AUGUCAGAAUUCUUAGGAUCUCGCAUCUCCCUCAUCUCCAAGAGCGACAUUCGAUAUGUCGGCGUUCUCCACGAAAUCAACUCGGACGAGUCAACCGUCUCGCUCGAGAAUGUUCGCUCCUUCGGAACUGAGGGUCGAAGAAACAGACCCGAAGAAGAGAUAGCACCUUCCGACCAGGUCUACGACUACAUCAUUUUCCGUGGCAGCGAUGUCAAGGACUUGAGGAUCGAGGAUCACCCGGGCAUCAAGGAGAACAAGCCUCCUGCAAUGCCCGAGGACCCAGCAAUCGUAAACAAUAACUUUUACCCUCCACCAGGCCCAUGGGGCCCUGCUCCUGGGCGUGGCGGCCCUGGUGGUCCUGGCGGCCCUGGUGCUGGAAUGGGCGGCAUGCCGUACCCUCCGCCUCCCGGAUGGUUUCCUCCUGGCCCUCCUGGCCCUCCCGGUCAAGGCUUCCCCCCGGGCCCUGAUCAAUGGAACAACUACAACAACUACCCUCCCGGGCCUCGUGGCCCUCCGGGUCCCCCCGGCCCCCUUGGCCCCGGUGGUGCACCUGGGCAGGUCUCUGAGAACCGCGGCACUCCCGGUCCUCAUGACCCAAAGCCUGCGCCCACUGGCGCUGCUGGUGACAAGCAGAAGCCCUCUACACCAGCCGCUCAAGGUGCUCAGAGCGAAUCCAAGCCCGCUCCUCCCCCCGGUUUCCAGCAGGCGCCUGCACCGACGCCUCCUGUCGAUUCGAAGCCCUCUGCAGCAGAAGUCAAGGCCACUGCUGCUUCCUUGAACACGGCCGGCUCCUCAAAGCCCGUCGAGCUUCCCGUGCCCACGGGACCAAAGAAUGUCGCUCGCGUUCAGCCAGCUAUCCCUCUGGCUGGAUCCAUGCCCAAGGCGUUCCCUGUUCCCGUCAACGAUAGCAACGCCGCCCAGGCCGCUCUUAAGCCUGCUGCUGCCCCACUGCCGCUAGCUGCUGUCGCGUUGGCCAUGGCCAAUAUGAACGCCGGCAAUGCUGCUGUUCCUGCCGCGCCGCAAGGAAAUGGAAAUGCGAUGGACAAUUUGACGAAGAAGGUCAAUGAGAUGAGGGUCAACGCAGCCCGAACCACGCAGCCUGGAGGUGGCCGCGGCCGAGGCCGUGGCGGGAGACAAGGUCAGGCUAAGGUCGAGGUCCCUGAUGCGGACUUUGACUUUGCUCAGGCAAACGCGAAGUUCAACAAGGACGACUUGGUCAAGGAAGCUAUUGCAGGCUCGCCUCUGGGUGAGACUCCCAACAAUGGACCCGCGAUUGAAGCUCCUGCUCCCGAGGUUACUGGUACGAACCCGCCAGUCGCCUACAACAAGACCCGGUCAUUCUUCGACAACAUUUCGAGUGAAGCCAAGGAUCGGGCCGACAACAAUGGUCAAAAGCCUGGUGGCCGUGAAUGGCGCGGCGAAGAGCAGCGCAAAAACAUGGAGACAUUUGGCCAAGGCAGCGUUGACGGAGGCUACAGAGGUUACCGGGGCAGAGGUCGCGGCCGUGGCCGAGGAGGCUUCGGUGGUCGUGGUGGCGGACGUGGCGGUUUCCGUGGCCGUGGUGGCCAGGCCGCCGCUGCACCUUCGGCUGCGAACUAG